CCCACGCUACCUAACCUUGAGUCUUACAGAAUAGCUGUUAGAAGAGGCAGUAGAACAGCUGUGAUCCUCUCCGCCCACUCCUUUCAUUCUUCGCUCUUGAAUUUUUUCCAGUCUCUUUUCAUCUCCUGUCCUCUUCACAUGCCUGCAGUGCUUUAUCUUCAUACGUGGGACUGAGAGCUUGUGCGGCUCAGAUGGGAGGUGUAACUGCUGUGUGCUACAUGAAUGCGUGUGGCCGUGCACGGAGGUGGGUAGUGCCAAGCAAGGGAUGCUGAACGGAGGCCGUGAGGGCCUGUUCGAGCAGGGCAGGCGCUUCCAGCAGGAGGGUGACUCCAGGGCGGCUCUGCAGUGCUUCCUCAGCUGCCUGCUGGGUCUGACCCAUGUGCAGAGCUUUCACUCGCUGCCAAACUGCCUGCAUCAGAUUGCUGAACUCUUCAUCGAUGAGAAAAACUAUGAGAAAGCACUGCAGUUCAUUCAGGCAGAGAAGAUGUUCUAUGAGGUGGCAUUGAUCGAACUCACCGCUCUACAAGGAAGCACAGUCGGCUCUCAGGAGGACAGUACAGUGGGUUCUCCAGGAUGGCUCUCCCAAGAGGAGUUAUCAGAACAAGCCUUGCAGGCCCAGGAUCUUGAGAGGCUGGCCCAACUUUGCAUCAUGAGUAAAAGACCCCAUCUUGCUUUAGAGUACAGCGGCAAGGCCACAAAAAUACACCAACGAGCAUUUGGUAAUGAUCACCCCAUCACAGCCAGGAGCCUGGAGCUACUGGGCACGGUCUAUGCUGAGAUUGGCAAGACUGAAUACUCAGACUCAUUGGGUCAGUGUGUGUCAGCUCUGUCAAAAACAUCCUCUGCCCCUGAGUCAUACAACAAUACACUCAACGGUUUCGCUCUCAGUGAUAAAGAUUCUGAGCUCUGGCACAGAAAAGACCCACAUCCUCCAUCAGACACCCCAAAACCAAAGGUCAUCAACAGUAAGAUCCCCAUCUCCAUCCUAAAGAGGACCAACGAGCCAUUCUCGACUCAGCGGCGGAAACCAGAGAGGCGUGUUCAUUUCAGUGAACCGGAGAUUACUGUUCAUGACAUUCCAUACUAUGACUGUUUAGGAGGAUAUGACUCGUCUCAGAGCCGUCCCCACCUGGCCCUGCUUACAUGUCUGUUCCUGCUGCUCUCAGCAUUGGGUUUAGCUCUGUACUGCACACACCGCCGACGGCCCCAUCGUGCCUGUGAGGAACUACAGGCAGCACUGGCUGUCUAUCUGCUGCGGUUCAAACAAAUCCUGUGGGGCUGCUGGAUCUGGCUGACCAUGCAGUGACCAUAACAGACAACCAGUGGCAUCACUGUUCUCCACCCAUGCUCCCAUGAGCACAGAAAACCAGACAAUGGCACAGAAAAGACUACAAAGCUGAGAAUCAUGGUUUCAUGGAAGAACAUUGGAAUAAUGGGUGCUUAAAAUAAGACCCUUUAUUUGAUGGUCCCCACCCUGGGACUGAAAAUGCCUUCAAAAUCCAGUUAACUUUUGCACACCAUCCACAGAUGGCAUUCUUAUGCCCUUUACGACUUUAAUGCCAUAUCCUCAUUUUUACUGAGAGGCAGAUACAUUUUAAAUCUAUAUUUGUCCUUGUAGCAGUUGUGUUUAGACCAUGUUGAUGUUCGUUACCACCUAUUUGAAGAAUACUCAUGGGAAUCAUCAAACAAAAUCUUAAUGUAUUAAAAUUAGAUUUAGAUUGAAGAAAAUUGAAAAUUAGAUUUAUUCUUUAAAUCAAUAUACAAAGUUUCACAGCCAAUCUCACAGCUGCACCUAUUUUCACAUAUUUUCUUAUUUACUACAGUCUGCAGCUGUCUAUAUAGAAUGCAAAACACAGCUGUCUAUAUAGAAUGCAACAUUUUUCACUAUUAAUCCAGUAUGCUUUGAAUAAUUACACAUGUAAAUAGGAAAUAUUAAUGACUGUCACCUAAGUAAUCCAUCUUAUUGUGCACAUUGUACAUAUUCUCACGAAUAACACUCGAUACUCAGUAUAACUCUGUUUCAAAUGAUAGACUAUGGUGUAAGGUUAAGCACAAUGUUUCCAUCUUUUACAUUUACUAAAAAAGUGAAACAAGACUGUUUCACAGUGUAGCCAGCCAUAUAUUCUGCCAGGUCAGAUUUACUUCAUAAUUCAAAGGGCAAGGAAAUUUUUAGUUUAAAAAAAUCCAGAUUAGUAGAUUUGCAUUAUUUCUAUGUUCCUGGUUGCUGAGUUUAUUUUUGCAAGAACCAGCUGGUGUGUGUGUAUAUAAUACUUCUAUUUAUUUGACUAUUUUUGUAUUUUUUUAAUCUAAUAUUUUCUAUAGUUAAUAUAAUUUUGGUUAUGUUUUUGUUAAUUUUUAAGUGCUCUCAGCAUCAGUGAUUUUAAUUAUAUCAUGUUUUACUUCGUUAGAGAGGAUUUUUAAACCUUUAAAGCCAAUGGUAUAUUUCCACUUAAACCUAACAGAUAUAAAUAGGCAUUCAGUACCAACUAUGAUAAAAUGUUCAAGCAAUAAAAUGCUCUUUCUGUGAUUGUUAUACAUGCCAAUAAUACCAAUAAUACUGAUGAAAAGUGCUAUAUUUUGAAAGGAAUGGAGCAGUUUUAUGUUUUUUAUGAAACAGGCAAAUUACUGCAAACAAUAUGGUGGGAAAUGCAACAUUGAUAAUAAGGAAUGAAAUGGUUUCAGUACUUAAAUUGCUGGUACAAGCUUUCAUUUUGUUUGGCUUAGAUGAAAUAUCCAUGUAGCAUAAUUAUUUUACAAAAAUGAUAGUAAAAAUAUUAAAAUGCCUUCAGGGAUAAGGGGAUUAUACCAAAUACAUACUCAAUAUUCUCAAUGUAUAUUAUGUAUGUGUCAGAUAUAAUCCCUUUUAAUGAGUGUUUUUCAUUUAAGAAUGAAAAAAAAAAGAUUUACCUAAACAAUCCAUAACCUUUUGGUUCCAAGACACUAAAUAAGUCUCACCAUCAUUCAUUAAUUCUCAGUCCUACUACAGAUUAAUGCUGGACAUUAGAUGUGUUUCCAUGGGGCUGUACACACUAUACUUACCUGUACAGCAGGAGCAGUGAUAAUUAGGACAAAUUGUAUAAAGUCCAACAAAUUCAUUCCUUACCAUGAGAUGCAGAAAAUAAAACCACUGUGAGAUAUUUGUGAGGAAAUGAAUGGUGGUCUAAGUCACAUAAAAUGUCCGAAAAUCUUUUUGAAGAACAAUUACACUGAGUGUAUCUUUGUACAUAAUUAUGCAUAAAAAGCUAAACAAUAUACAGCGCAUGAUUGUCCAUUGUAUAGCACAGCUUAAUACUGUACAUGUGUACUGUUGUAUAAGGCAAUGUUCACUUAAAAGGGAAUUGAAUAUAGAUGAUUUGAUACUUUAUUUGCUAUAAAGCAAUAAAGUCUCAUCAGACA